UUUUCCCGCUGUCGGUACACUCACUCACACAGACGCAACAACGCACAACGCUCGUGUAAAAUAAUUUGGAAAACUCAAUAAUUUAUAAUUAAACCAACAAAAAGCAAUCUUGCGACAUUAUAAAUAUGUCGAAAGCUGAAACAGCUACAGUGGAAGCCACCGAGGAAAACUCGAAUGAGACUACCUCGGAGGCGGCAACCAGCUCCUCUGGAGAAAAGGAGGCCGAGUUUGAUAACAAAAUUGAAGCCGAUCGCAGCAAACGCUUCGAUUUUCUGCUAAAGCAAACAGAAAUUUUUACGCAUUUCAUGACAAACAGCACAAAGAGUCCCACGAAGCCAAAGGGACGCCCCAAGAAGAUCAAGGACAAAGACAAGGAUAAGGAUGUUGCUGAUCAUCGUCAUCGAAAAACUGAGCAGGAGGAGGACGAAGAGCUACUCGCCGAAGACUCCACGACGAAAGAGAUCAUUCGCUUUGAUGCAUCGCCAGCAUAUAUUAAGAGCGGCGAAAUGCGAGACUAUCAGAUUCGCGGCCUCAACUGGAUGAUCUCGCUUUAUGAAAACGGAAUCAACGGAAUUCUGGCUGAUGAAAUGGGUCUGGGUAAAACGCUGCAGACCAUCUCAUUGCUGGGCUACCUCAAGCACUUCAAAAAUCAGGCUGGUCCGCACAUUGUUAUUGUGCCCAAGUCAACGCUGCAGAAUUGGGUUAACGAGUUCAAGAAGUGGUGUCCCUCGCUGCACGCAGUUUGUCUCAUUGGUGACGCUGAUGCACGUACCACUUUUAUACGCGAUGUGCUGCUGCCCGGCGAGUGGGAUGUGUGCGUCACUUCAUACGAGAUGUGCAUUCGCGAAAAGUCCGUGUUUAAGAAGUUUAACUGGCGCUACAUGAUCAUCGAUGAGGCGCAUCGCAUCAAGAACGAAAAAUCCAAACUCUCGGAGAUAUUGCGUGAAUUCAAAACGGCAAAUCGUCUGCUUAUCACCGGAACGCCGCUGCAAAAUAAUUUGCAUGAAUUGUGGGCACUGCUUAACUUUUUGCUGCCCGAUGUAUUCAACUCUGCAGAGGACUUCGAUGAAUGGUUCAACACAAACACUUGCCUGGGGGAUGAUGCGCUUGUGACUCGUCUGCAUGCUGUGCUUAAACCUUUUCUGCUGCGUCGUUUAAAGGCCGAGGUGGAGAAGCGUCUUAAGCCCAAAAAGGAACUGAAAAUCUUUGUAGGCUUGUCCAGAAUGCAGCGCGAUUGGUACACCAAGGUGCUGCUUAAGGAUAUUGACAUCGUCAACGGAGCUGGCAAAGUGGAAAAGAUGCGAUUGCAGAACAUUUUGAUGCAGCUACGCAAGUGUACCAAUCAUCCAUAUCUGUUCGAUGGCGCCGAGCCGGGUCCACCAUACACAACUGAUACGCAUUUGGUGUUCAACUCUGGCAAGAUGGCCAUUCUGGACAAAUUGUUGCCGAAGCUGCAGGAACAGGGAUCGCGUGUGCUAAUUUUCUCGCAGAUGACACGCAUGUUGGACAUAUUGGAGGAUUAUUGUCAUUGGCGUAAUUUUAAUUAUUGCCGCUUAGAUGGUCAGACGCCGCACGAGGAUCGUAAUCGUCAGAUCCAAGAGUAUAACAUGGAGAACAGCACGAAAUUUAUAUUCAUGUUAUCAACACGUGCUGGCGGUCUUGGCAUCAAUUUGGCGACCGCCGAUGUGGUCAUCAUUUAUGACUCUGACUGGAAUCCACAAAUGGAUCUGCAGGCUAUGGAUCGUGCCCAUCGUAUUGGCCAAAAGAAGCAAGUGCGAGUGUUUCGUUUGAUCACCGAAAGCACCGUCGAGGAGAAGAUUGUGGAGCGUGCCGAAGUGAAGUUGCGACUUGAUAAAAUGGUCAUUCAAGGCGGUCGUCUUGUUGACAAUCGUGCCCAGCUCAACAAGGACGAAAUGCUUAACAUUAUUCGCUUCGGCGCCAAUCAAGUCUUCAGCUCCAAGGAGACAGACAUCACUGACGAAGACAUAGAUGUUAUUCUCGAACGAGGCGAAGCGAAGACAGCUGAGCAAAAGGCACAUCUGGACAGCAUGGGCGAAAGUUCGUUGCGCACCUUCACCAUGGACACCAACGGCGAGGCUGGCACAUCUUCUGUCUACCAGUUCGAAGGAGAGGAUUGGCGUGAAAAGCAAAAACUAAAUGCUCUGGGCAACUGGAUUGAACCACCCAAGCGUGAACGCAAAGCUAAUUAUGCUGUAGAUGCUUAUUUCCGAGAGGCGCUACGCGUGUCUGAGCCAAAGGCACCGAAAGCUCCGCGUCCACCGAAACAGCCAAUUGUUCAAGACUUUCAAUUCUUUCCGCCUCGCCUCUUUGAGCUGCUAGAUCAAGAGAUUUAUUACUUCCGCAAAACGGUCGGCUACAAGGUGCCCAAAAACACGGAGCUCGGCUCCGAGGCCAGCAAAGUACAGCGCGAGGAACAACGCAAAAUUGACGAAGCCGAGCCGCUGUCUGACGACGAGAUUGCCGAAAAAGAGACACUACUGUCACAAGGCUUCACCGCUUGGACUAAGCGAGAUUUUAAUCAGUUUAUCAAGGCCAACGAGAAAUAUGGACGCGACGAUAUUGAGAAUAUUGCAAAGGAUGUCGAGGGGAAGACACCCGAAGAGGUCAUCGAAUAUAAUGCGGUGUUCUGGGAACGCUGUACCGAACUGCAGGAUAUCGAACGCAUCAUGGGACAGAUUGAACGUGGCGAGGGCAAAAUUCAGCGAAGACUUUCAAUCAAAAAGGCUCUCGAUCAAAAGAUGUCACGCUAUCGUGCGCCAUUCCAUCAGCUGCGCCUGCAGUAUGGCAAUAAUAAGGGCAAAAAUUAUACAGAAAUCGAGGAUCGCUUCUUGGUCUGCAUGCUGCAUAAGCUGGGCUUUGACAAGGAGAAUGUAUACGAGGAGCUACGCGCCGCCAUACGUGCAUCGCCACAGUUCCGUUUUGAUUGGUUCAUAAAAUCGCGGACGGCGUUGGAGCUGCAGCGUCGUUGUAAUACGCUGAUCACUCUCAUUGAACGCGAGAAUCUCGAGCUGGAGGAGAAGGAGCGAGCCGAGAAGAAAAAGAAAACGCCCAAGACGUCUGGCAGUAGUAGCAGUACCAGCACUCCGGCCCCACCCCCGCAACCUAAAGCGAAUCAGAAACGCAAGAGCGAAGUGGUUGCCACCAGCUCAAAUGCUAAAAAGAAGAAGAAGUAAAGAGAUGCAAAUGAUUAAGAAGUGAACUCAUAAAGCAAAACAAUGACGUCGCGAAAGACGAGAAGAUAAUAAUAAUAAUGAGAUAUAAUUAAUAACACACUUUUCACAUGAGAUUCAGCUCCGUACAGCAUUAGUUGGUAUUCAAGCACAUAACACCUUCAAACUUACACACACACUCAGAAACACAGUUUAUAUAUUUAAUGAUCAAAUGUGUUUGUAGCUUUUAGUUCAUCCAGUUGCAUCUCAGUGGGGCGCAAUUAUCCAAACAAAAUCGAUUUAUUUUAUUGCAUACUAUUAUUAAUACUAUAUACUAAAUGCGCGCCGCUGUAUUCUAUUCCACUUAAUUGUACUUCGUUUUUUAAGUUCCAAUAUUAUAUGUACCGUAUAUGUAUGAAAAGUAGUGCUACAAAACGAAAAAAAAAAAAUAUGUUUUACUUUUACUUGGAGAAUUACUCGUAACCAAAUACAAUUCUUAUGAUCAGUUUUAGUUUGGUAAUGGAUAAGUUAGUUGCACAUUUAAAUCCUUAUCUACAGUAUGUAUACAAAAACAUAAGGAACAUGUAGGGUCCUUCGGUAUGAUUAGGUCUUAUUUUAGAGACAUUCAUAUCUCAAACAGAAGCUUUUCUUUUCGAAAAUGCAUUAAAUAAAGUAUACGGUGUUAAUCUUUAAAUUAAAAUCGGGUUGCGCUGAUCGUCAAAUCCAGUCAAAUUCUAACCAUAAUUUUCAGUAUUGGUAUUUUGUUAUUCAUAGAUUAUGAAUGUUUUAAUGCAGGCGUAAUUUACCUUUCAUCGAAUUUAAUUUAUAAUUCACUUAGUAAAGGUUAAUACUGCCAAAAAAGCGUGACGUUACGGUCCAAAAUAAUUUAAAAAUAAUAAUAUUGUUUAAUAAGUCAUUUCAGUUUAGUAGACCCAUUCAAAAUAAAAAUUUAAAGCCUUUUGGACUGAAUCAAAGUUAGAGCCAAAACAAGGAAAUACAACUAUUUUCCUCUGAGAACACAGAGACUAUAAUUUUCGACAGCAUUUGUUAUGUUUGCAGGCAGAUCAAGUUUGUUUCAAAUUUUUACCACGCCCACUGCCGCCCUUCCGCGAUAAAAAUCGAAUAACAACGCCAUGUAAUUUAACGCCAUGUGCGAAUUUUGGUAUAUACAAUAAUAACUAUAAUCUAUGUGCUUCCUGAAAAUUUGGUUGAGAUCAGAUAAAAAUUGACGAAGUUAUUAAAAAAAUACUUUUGAAUGGGCAAAAAGGUCUACAUACUAGGCAUCUUAGUUGUUUUGAAAUGUGGUUUAUUUUACUAGUAUUUUUGUAUAUUGAUAUAUUUGUAAUAUUUUGCUUUUAUUCAAAAUGCGUAGCGGGUAUCUCACAGUCGAGCACCCUCGGCUGUAGCUUUCUUACUUGUUUGUUUCGUUUUUUUUGUGAAAAAGGUAUCGUGUAUAAACAAAUUAACCAGAUUAAUUACAAAAAGUUUCAGCUGAAAAAUUGAUGACAAUUUUAAAAUGUAUUUUGUAAAACAUUUUUAAUUUAUUAUGUCAACGCGUAGAAAAUAAUGUGUUUCUAUUUGUUGUGCUUAAAAUGUAGUAUUAUAAAUUCUAUGGAUUGCGUUCUCAUUAAAAUAGCACAUACAAAUACAUAUUUAUGUUAUACCCAU